AUGGUUGGUCAACAGUAUUCAAGUGCACCACUUCGUACCAUUAAGGAGGUCCAAUUUGGUUUGUUUUCUCCUGAAGAAAUUCGUGCCAUUAGUGUUGCAAAAAUUAAGUUUCCCGAAACAAUGGAUGAAACUCAAACUAGAGCAAAAAUUGGUGGUUUGAAUGAUCCAAGACUUGGUUCAAUUGAUCGUAAUCUUAAGUGUCAAACUUGCCAAGAGGGUAUGAACGAAUGUCCAGGUCAUUUUGGUCACAUAGAUUUGGCAAAGCCUGUCUUCCAUGUUGGUUUCAUUACGAAAAUUAAAAAAGUUUGUGAAUGUGUCUGUAUGCACUGUGGUAACCUAUUAUUAGAUGAACAUAAUGAACAGAUGCGUCAAGCUUUAAGUAUAAAGGACUCUAAGAAGAGAUUUAAUGCCAUUUGGAGUAUAUCAAAGACCAAAAUGGUCUGUGAGACUGAUGUUCCAUCUGAUGAUGAUCCAACAAAGCUAGUUCCAAGAGGUGGUUGUGGUAAUAUUCAGCCAACUGUACGUAAAGAUGGUUUAAAGCUUGUUGGUAGUUGGAAGAAGGAAAAAUCUGCCAAUGACAAUGAUGAACCUGAACAAAGAGUAUUAAGUGUCGAAGAAAUCCUAAACAUAUUUAAGCACAUAUCACCAGAAGAUUCAACAAAAAUGGGUUUCAAUGAGGAGUUUUCACGUCCAGAAUGGAUGAUGUUAACUGUUUUACCAGUCCCACCACCACCAGUACGUCCGUCUAUUUCUUUUAACGAAUCACAAAGAGGUGAGGAUGAUUUAACUUUCAAACUUGCAGAUAUCCUGAAGGCAAAUAUCAGUUUAGAAACCUUGGAACACAAUGGUGCUCCACAUCACGCUAUUGAGGAAGCCGAGAGUUUACUUCAAUUCCACGUCGCAACAUAUAUGGAUAAUGACAUUGCUGGUCAACCACAAGCACUUCAAAAAUCUGGGCGUCCUGUUAAAUCUAUUCGUGCUCGUUUAAAGGGUAAAGAAGGUCGUAUCAGAGGUAACUUAAUGGGUAAGCGUGUUGAUUUCUCUGCAAGAACCGUUAUUUCAGGUGAUCCAAACUUAGAACUAGACCAAGUUGGUGUUCCAAGAUCGAUCGCUAAAACUUUAACAUACCCUGAAGUGGUCACUCCAUAUAACAUUGAUUAUUUAACGAAAUUAGUACGUAACGGUCCAAAUGAACAUCCUGGUGCAAAAUAUGUUAUCCGUGACAACGGUGACCGUAUUGAUCUGAGAUACAGUAAAAGAGCGGGUGAUAUUCAAUUGCAAUACGGGUGGAAAGUGGAACGUCACAUCGUCGAUAACGACCCAGUUCUUUUCAAUCGUCAACCUUCUUUACACAAGAUGUCUAUGAUGUCACACAAAGUCAAGGUCGUUCCUUAUUCCACAUUCAGAUUAAAUCUUUCCGUUACUUCUCCUUAUAAUGCAGAUUUUGAUGGUGAUGAAAUGAAUUUACAUGUUCCACAGUCCGAGGAAACAAGAGCUGAAUUAUCCGAAUUAUGUGCUGUCCCAUUACAAAUUGUGUCUCCACAAUCGAAUAAGCCAUGUAUGGGUAUUGUGCAAGAUACUCUAUGUGGUAUUCGUAUCCUAACACUAAAGGACACCUUCCUUGAAUUCGAUCACGUUUUGAAUAUGUUAUACUGGGUUCCAGAUUGGGAUGGUGUUAUUCCACCUCCUGCAAUUAUAAAACCAAAACCAUUAUGGACCGGUAAACAAGUUUUGUCUGCCGCUAUUCCAAAGGGUAUUCACUUACAACGUUUUGACGAAGGUACUACCUUACUAUCUCCAAAGGAUAACGGUAUGUUGAUUAUCGAUGGUCAAAUUAUCUACGGUGUUGUCGAUAAAAAGACUGUCGGUUCAUCAAAUGGUGGUUUAAUCCAUGUUGUUACUAGAGAAAAGGGCCCAACUAUUUGUGCAAGAUUAUUUGGUAACAUUCAAAAAAUUGUCAAUUUCUGGCUAUUACAUAACGGUUUCUCAACAGGUAUUGGUGAUACAAUUGCUGAUGGUGAAACUAUCAAGGAAAUCACUGAAACAAUCGCGGAAGCCAAAAGAAAGGUUGAAGAAGUUACUAAGGAAGCUCAAGCCAAUUUGUUGACAGCUAAGCACGGUAUGACUAUUAGAGAAUCGUUCGAAGAUAAUGUUGUGCGUUACUUAAAUGAAGCGAGAGAUAGAGCUGGUCGUCUUGCUGAAGUCAAUCUAAAUGACUUAAAUUUUGUCAAACAAAUGGUGGUGUCAGGUUCUAAAGGUUCUUUCAUUAAUAUUGCUCAAAUGUCUGCCUGUGUGGGACAACAAUCUGUUGAAGGUAAACGUAUUGGUUUUGGUUUUGUUGACAGAACCCUUCCACAUUUUUCAAAGGAUGAUUACUCUCCUGAAUCUAAGGGUUUUGUUGAAAAUUCAUACUUAAGAGGUUUGACUCCUCAGGAAUUCUUUUUCCAUGCUAUGGGUGGUCGUGAAGGUUUAAUCGAUACUGCUGUUAAGACCGCUGAAACCGGUUAUAUUCAACGUCGUUUGGUUAAGGCUCUAGAAGAUAUUAUGGUUCAUUAUGAUAGCACAACUAGAAACUCUUUGGGUAAUGUUAUUCAAUUCGUUUACGGUGAAGAUGGUAUCGAUGCUUCCUAUAUUGAAAAGCAAUCUAUAGAUACUAUCGGUGGUUCAGAUGCAGCCUUCGAAAAGAGAUAUAGAAUUGAUUUAUUGAACUCCGAAAAUGCUUUGGAUGCCUCAUUAUUAGAAUCUGGUUCCGAAAUUGCAGGUGACUUAAAGUUACAAACCCUACUAGAUGAAGAAUACAAACAAUUAGUUGAAGAUAGGUCAUUCUUAAGAACAGUCUUUGUUGACGGUGAAUCUAAUUGGCCAUUACCUGUAAAUAUUAGACGUAUUAUUCAAAAUGCACAACAGACUUUCAGAAUUGAUCAUUCUAAACCAUCUGAUCUAACAAUCAGCGAAAUUAUCAACAAAGUCAAGGCAUUACAAACUAAAUUACUUGUUUUACGUGGCUCUAAUGAUUUAAUUAAGAAUGCUCAAAAAGAUGCCAUCACCUUAUUCUGUUGUUUGGUUCGUUCUCGUUUGGCCUCACGUAGAGUUCUGCAAGAGUAUAAAUUAACAGAUGAAGCAUUCCAAUGGGUUAUUAACAAUGUUGAAGCUCAGUUCUUACGUUCUGUUGUCCAUCCCGGUGAAAUGGUCGGUGUUCUAGCUGCGCAAUCUAUUGGUGAACCAGCUACCCAAAUGACCUUAAAUACAUUUCAUUUUGCAGGUGUUGCCUCCAAGAAAGUUACCUCCGGUGUUCCCCGUUUAAAGGAAAUUCUAAAUGUUGCCAAGAAUAUGAAGACACCUUCGUUAACCGUAUAUCUAGACAAAGAACAUGGUGCUGAUCAAGAAAAAGCCAAGUUUAUCAGAUCUGCCAUUGAACAUACGACUCUGAAGAAUGUUACAGUCGCUUCUGAAAUUUACUACGAUCCUAAUCCACGUACUACUGUUAUUGAGGAUGAUGAAGAAAUUAUUCAACUACAUUUCUCUUUAAUGGAUGAAGACACAGAAGCCUCCCUAGACCAACAAUCACCUUGGUUACUACGUUUAGAAUUGGAUCGUGCAGCCAUGAAUGAUAAAGAUUUAACAAUGGCUCAAGUUGGUGAGAGAAUCAAAGAGACGUUCGGAAAAGAUCUGUUUGUUAUAUGGUCUGAAGAUAACGCUGAGAAGUUAAUUAUACGUUGUCGUGUUGUCCGUCCAAAAUCUUUGGAUGCUGAAACUGAAGCUGAAGAAGAUCAUAUGUUAAAGAAAAUUGAAAAUACCAUGUUACAAAAUAUUACUCUUCGUGGUGUCGAAAACAUUGAGCGUGUUGUUAUGAUGAAAUAUGAUCGUAAAAUGCCAAGUCAAACAGGUGAGUAUGAAAAGGUACCUGAAUGGGUUCUAGAAACAGAUGGUGUCAACUUAUCUGAAGUUAUGACUGUCCCCGGUAUUGAUGCUACAAGAAUUUAUACAAACUCCUUCAUUGAUAUUAUGGAGGUUCUUGGUAUUGAGGCCGGUCGUGCGGCCCUAUACAGAGAAGUUUACAACGUUAUUGCUUCUGAUGGUUCUUAUGUUAACUACCGUCAUAUGGCUCUGUUGGUCGAUGUGAUGACUACUCAAGGUGGUCUAACUUCUAUUACUCGUCACGGUUUCAACAGGACUAACACCGGUGCAUUAAUGAGAUGUUCCUUCGAAGAGACUGUAGAAAUUCUAUUUGAGGCCGGUGCAUCUGCUGAACUUGAUGACUGUCGUGGUGUUUCUGAAAACGUUUUAUUAGGUCAAAUGGCACCAAUUGGUACAGGUGCUUUUGACGUAAUGAUUGAUGAAGAAUCGUUAGUUAAAUACAUGCCGGAACAAAAGGCUAGCGAAAUAGAAGCUGGCGAGGAUGGUGGUGCCACUCCAUAUGCGAAUGGGAGUGGUUUGGCUAACGCUGAAAUUGAUGUUAAGGAUGAAUUGAUGUUUUCUCCAUUGGUCGAUGCGGGUUCAUCCGAUGCGAUGGCUGGUGGUUUCACUGCUUAUGGUGGCGCUGAUUAUGGUAAUGCUACAUCUCCAUUCAGCGCAUAUGGUAAUACACCAACCUCUCCUGGGUUUGGUGGCGUAUCCUCUCCUGGAUUUUCACCUACAUCUCCAGGUUAUUCACCAACUUCUCCAAGUUACAGUCCUACAUCUCCUUCUUAUUCACCAACAUCCCCAUCGUAUUCACCAACUUCACCAAGUUACAGUCCUACAUCUCCUUCUUAUUCACCAACAUCCCCAUCAUAUUCACCAACAUCUCCUUCAUACUCGCCAACUUCACCAAGUUACAGUCCUACAUCCCCAUCGUACUCGCCAACUUCACCAAGUUACAGUCCGACAUCACCUUCGUACUCGCCAACUUCACCAAGUUACAGUCCAACAUCACCAUCAUAUUCACCAACUUCUCCUUCUUACUCUCCAACUUCGCCAAGUUAUAGUCCAACCUCGCCUUCAUAUUCACCAACUUCUCCAAGCUAUAGUCCAACUUCUCCAAGCUAUAGUCCAACUUCUCCAAGUUACAGUCCAAAUAAUGGUUCAUACUCACCUGGAUCUCCAAGCUAUAGUCAACAAUCUUCUACCUACUCUCCAAAGGAUGAGGAUGAUGAGAAAAAGGAAAUCAAGAAAGAGGAAGGAAAUUAG